GAAACUAAAGACUUAAGAUAUGCCUUAUGUUUUUCAUAGAUGCGAUCAAGGCAUGAGAUGUAUUUGUGGCAUGCCAAUAUGCUCAACUUGUGCUCGAUUGUGUACCGCAUGUGAUAACCUAGUAUGCCCAAAUUGCAUUCCACCAAAUAUGCUUCAUUGCAAGCGGUGCUGCCUUGCCUACUUUCAAAAUUACAGGUACCGACUCUGAUUUUCUGUGUUGUAUUGUAUUCAUAGGUAGGUCAAACCUAGCAAGAUUAGCACAUGAAAAUAAAACGAAAAUAAUUUGGCUUCUGUACUAUUUUACCAUUUGAAAGUAGUCACUAGUCAGAUAUCGUUACUAAUUCUCAUUUUGCCUCUUCAAAACAUGCUAGCUUUUUGCUUUUUAGAGACAUAGCGAUUAUCUUCGUUAGACAUACUCAGAUAGUUUUUGACAGAUUCUACUCUCUUUGUAUUGUAGAUUCUUAACAAUUCUAGGUAUUUUGAUCAUUUUGUAUAAUUAAAUCAUAUGUUAGUGAAAAGCGUGUAUAGAUGUGUUUUACCUGUUGUUAGAGCGACUAUCUUACGUCCAACAUGCUGCUUUUCAAUAGCUCAGGUACGCAGACCUUCUGUUUGUAUUGAAAAUUCUCUACCAACUUUUUUAAUCGAUGCAGAUAAACCACCUUUGCUAGAGUGCGGAACUGGCCAACCAGCACAAAGGGGACGAAGGAAACCACUAGUAUGGAAGCGUCGGCAUCCCUGGUUUGAUCGUCAAUGGUCUUUAGAUCUGAAGCGUAUAAAGAAGGGCCCCGAAACACCGCACUUUCCAGAAGGAGUUCCCUUCACUCCCAUACGGGCUUUUCAGUCCUUUUCAGGACGAUCUUGGAAGAUCAACGCGGGAAGGCGCCGUAAGAUUCGUCUGUCGCUUAAAAGAGGUCGUAAGAAACUUUUAUAGUCUUCUGGCUAGUUUGAUGCCACAGUUUGUCGGCCGUCUUUUCCCGUCGUAUUUUGACUUAAACCUUA